AUGAGAGUCCACAGCAGCCUCCCCAACGUCCUGAGGGUCGUGGUUACUGCCUCGUGUGUCGUUGCCGCCAGCCCCUACAGCCCACGUUUUUGGACUGUCGGCCAGCCGGUCACGACCACGAGCGGCCGAGUCGACGGGCACGUCGCCUCCGGCGCAGACCAGGUAUCGGAAUAUUUGGGCAUUCCCUAUGCUCAGCCGCCUGUUGGAGCGUUGCGCUUCCAACCUCCAGCCACUUACGACGCCUCCUCCUCCCCGAUCAAUGGGUCAGCAUUCGGACACCAGUGCAUGCAGCCCGCAUCUAACUCGCCCAUAAGUCUUGAGACCAUCAUGCAACUGGGAAUACCCGCCUCUGCCGCUGAUGUGACCAAGGUGCUCGAGGACACGGGCUCCCAGAGCGAGGACUGUCUGACGCUGAACGUGUGGACCAAGCCACAGACGGGGGAUACGAAAAAGGCUGUGCUGGUCUGGGUCCACGGCGGUGCUUUUGUCACAGGAAGCUCCCGAAUCCCAGCAUACAAUGGAAAGUUCAUCGCGGACCAGGAGGACGUCGUGGUGGUAUCCAUGAACUACCGCCUCAACAUCUUCGGCUUUCCGGGCAACCCCAUCUCCGCCCCCAACCUUGGGCUGCUCGACAUCCGCAUGGCCAUGCAAUGGAUUCGCGAUAACGUGGAACAAUUCGGCGGCGACGCCAAAAGAAUCACCAUGUUUGGCCAGUCUGCCGGGGGAUCUCUGGUCGACUACUACUCGUAUGCAUACGCGUCCGACCCUAUCGCCAACGGCUUCAUCCCGAUGAGCGGCGUCGCCAAUGGAUUUGGCGUCUUCGCCAACGAGACAGUCAGUCAGAAAUGGUUCCAAAUCUCGUCGAUUGUCGGUUGCGGUAGUGCCUCGACCAACCCCAAAGAUGUCUCGGACUGCAUGUCGAAAAAGAACGCGGCCGAGCUCAUUGCCACCCUGGCCAACACCACCAGCCCUGUAUCGGCCGGGCUCACGUUUGCACCCGUGGUAGAUGAGCAUCUCAUCUUUGCUGAUUACGCUAUUCGUGACUCGGCCCAGGCGGGGUACCUCAUCGGUAAUGCUGAGAACGAGGCCGGUCUUUUUAAGAUUGGAGCCCCUACCGUCAACGAAACCUACUGGUUCGGCUUUAACCUCGUGGCCUAUACGUGCCCUGCUGCGAGAAGGGCGGCACGAGCGGUGUCUGCCGGUCACCCGACCUGGCGGUACCGUUACUUCGGCGACUUCCCCAAUAUGGCCGUUACCACGACGCCGCCAAGCGGAGCUUGGCAUGCAUCAGAGCUCCCUGUCCUAUUCGACACGGCACCUCAGACGGCCGUCAAGAGCACGGAACAGGAGAUCGCCGUCGGCAAGUACAUGCGCGGCGCGUGGGCAGCCUUUGCAAAGGACACUCAAUCCGGCCUCCUCAAUUACAACGGCCAGUGGCCCAUGUAUCAGAUCAAUGGCGCCACUCUCAACCGCAUCUCGUUCGAGAACCAGACGGGCACGAACCUGGCACUUGGAGACUCGUACGACGGGUACUGCGCGCAACUGGGAUUUCCCAUUGCUUCAGCCCCCUCCUUCCUCCAUUAA